CCCGGCCUGCGCUGCCUGCCUUACGGCAGGUGUCGCGCGGCCCCGGUGCUUUGCGACAGGUUCCCGGUGGCGGGGCCCGGUGGGUGCGAUGGACGUGGGGGAGCUGCUCAGCUACCAGCCCAAUAGAGGGACAAAAAGACCCCGUGAUGAAGAGGAAGAGGAAAUCAAAGCACGUCGGAAACAGGCCAGUGCCCGAGAGCAUGGCCGUCACAGGGAAGAGGAGUCUGCUGCCCUGGAAGAAACUGAUGAUGAGAAGAAGAAACUCCUUCAGAUAAUUGAGAGGGAUGGAGAAGAGGAAGAUGAGGAAGAGGAGCCUUUGGAUGAAAGCUCAGUGAAGAAGAUGAUUCUCACCUUUGAGAAGAGAUCCUACAAAAACCAGGAGCUGCGGAUCAAGUUUCCCGAUAAUCCAGAGAAGUUUAUGGAGUCAGAGCUGGAUUUAAAUGACAUCAUUCAGGAAAUGCACGUGAUCGCGACGAUGCCCGGCCUGUAUCACCUGCUGGUGGAGCUGAAUGCUGUGCAGUCUCUGCUUGGGCUGCUGGGACAUGACAACACAGAUGUUUCCAUAGCUGUGGUUGAUUUGCUGCAAGAGCUGACUGAUAUUGAUACUCUCCAUGAGAGUGAAGAAGGAGCUGAAGUUCUCAUAGAUGCUCUUGUGGAGGGCCAGGUCGUGGCCUUGUUGGUCCAGAAUUUAGAGCGCCUGGAUGAAAGUGUGAAGGAGGAGGCUGAUGGUGUCCACAACACCCUGGGAAUUGUGGAGAACAUGGCAGAGUUCAGGCCGGAGAUGUGCACGGAGGCUGCACAGCAGGGCCUCAUGCAGUGGCUGCUCAAGAGGCUGAAGGCUAAGAUGCCCUUUGAUGCCAACAAGCUGUACUGCAGUGAGGUGCUGGCGAUUCUGCUCCAGAAUAAUGAUGACAACAGAGAAUUGCUUGGGGAGCUGGAUGGGAUCGAUGUGCUGCUUCAGCAGUUAUCUGUGUUUAAACGACACAAUCCAAGCACAGCAGAGGAACAGGAAAUGAUGGAGAACCUGUUUGAUUCCCUCUGCUCCUGCCUCAUGCUCAGCUCCAACCGCGAUCGCUUCCUGAAGGGUGAGGGUCUGCAGCUGAUGAACCUGAUGCUCAGAGAGAAGAAGAUUUCCCGCAGCAGUGCCCUGAAGGUGCUGGACCACGCCAUGAUCGGACCAGAGGGCACAGACAACUGUCACAAGUUUGUGGACAUCCUUGGGCUGAGAACCAUCUUCCCUCUCUUCAUGAAAUCACCCAAAAAGAUAAAGAAGGUUGGAACAACUGAAAAAGAACACGAAGAACAUGUCUGUUCCAUCCUGGCUUCCCUUCUGCGAAACCUGAGAGGGCAGCAGAGGACACGGUUACUGAAUAAAUUCACAGAGAAUGACAGUGAGAAGGUUGAUAGGCUGAUGGAACUGUAUUUUAAGUACCUGGAUGCAAUGCAGGCAGCUGAUAAGAAGAUUGAUGGGGAGAAACACGACAUGGUGCGUCGAGGAGAGAUCAUAGACGAUGACAUGGAAGAUGAAUUCUAUCUCCGUCGUCUGGACGCCGGGCUCUUUGUGCUGCAGCUCAUCUGUUACAUCAUGGCAGAGAUCUGUAAUGCCAAUGUUCCCCAGAUUCGUCAGAGAGUCCACCAGAUCCUGAACAUGAGAGGCAGCUCCAUUAAAAUUGUUCGACACAUCCUGAAGGAGUACGCGGAGAACAUCGGGGAUGGGAAGAACCAGGAGUUCAGGGAGAGUGAGCAGAAACGGAUCCUGGAUCUGCUGGAGAAUUUCUGAGACACCUCUGUGUCUGCCCACAAGGACCUGGCGCCAUCCUCCCUCCUCCUGCCCCUCCUCCAGCCUCUCUUGCACGAUCAAAGUGAUGUUUCUAUGAAACUGCUUCUAAAUGGGAUUUGGGAGAUAUUAAAGAUAGUUUGCUUUUUUUUUUU